AUGUCCGUUGAUGGUCUGGUGGGACCUACUGGAAUCGAUGAACUGUACUGUGUCUACGGAACCGGAUUGGCCACAACCUAUCAGAUGGUCUACCUACCCCCGACAUUUUAUCGCAGUCCUUUUCCCGACCAGUCUCCGACCUUGAUCACCGGGGACGGAGACGGGACAGUGCACACACGGAGCUUGCAGUUGUGUCGCUAUUGGCCUGGCGCACGGUCUUUUGAAUGGCCGGGUGCAGAGCAUUUACGGAUCGUGGGCGACUCACGUUUGAUCGAUCUGUUGAGCAAAGUUUCCGGGUGUUCUCAUCACUAA